AUGGAAAAUCAUAAAGCGAUGCCAAGGUUGAAGAUUGAAAUCGCCCUAAUAGUUAUUGACUUUAAAUCGGAAAUCAAAGGAAAUUUUAGGCAGCUGCAUUACCGGAAACAAGAGUAUGCAUCAUUGGAUUCCACAAUACUUACAGUUCAUUGUAUUGUGAAAAUGACUGAAGCAAAAAAAAAAACAAGAGUUAGUAGCUUAACUGAAGCUCUAUCCUGUAGUGAUUUAAUCUCACAAUCUCAAAUUAAUUAUGACACACAGGACCUGAAUGCCAUGAAAUGCCUAAAUUUAAGGCAAUUGCUCUGUACAAGAGAUUUGAGAUGUUUGAUAGUUGAAUUGCUCGUGCUGUUGUCAGGAAAAUGGUUGGGAAACAUAAAUAGAGGAUUAGUCUUAAUCUAA